GACUCCUGAAGGCGGUGCUCAUUGGUCGAAGGUACUUUCUCUAUCGUGGAAGUUCAUCGUAUUCAACAGUGUGAAGUGACGUGUAGCACUGUGGAUGUCUCAAUCGGAUGUCUGCUAAAACUUCUAAAGUGUAAGAAGAAUCGUGACUGCGUCUCUGGAUGAGCUCCCCCAGCUGCUUUGACUCGCAGCUUCAUCUUCUACUUUGACGAGACAAGUUCUUCAUCCAGGAUCUGACAACACGGUGCUCCCCGGUUAGCCUGUUAGCUAACAGGAACAGCCUCUGUUGAUGCGAUAGAUACCUUAAGUGUCCGUUAUGUUAGCUUGCUAACAUUAGCUCGUCGUGUGGGCAGGUAGGUUUGUGAAGUGUCAGGAUGAGCUCGAUGCUCCGAGGUGAGGAGAUGUGUUUGGCCCAGCUGUUCCUACAGUCUGGAUCCGCAUACGACUGCAUCAGCGAACUCGGGGAACUGGGACUUGCGGAGUUCAGAGACCUCAAUCCCUCAGUCAAUGCAUUUCAACGGAAGUACGUCAAUGAGAUAAAAAAAUGUGAAGAAAUGGAGAGGAUCCUUGGAUACCUCCUGAGGGAAGUUAAGAAAGCAGACAUUUCACUGCCAGAGGGAGAUGUGAACCCUGUGGCUCCUUUACCAAAGCAUGUCAUGACUAUAAUGGAGCAGCUACAGAGACUUGAGGUGGAGUUAGGUGAAGUCACCAGGAAUAAAGAGAAGCUUCAGAGGAAUCUGCUGGAGCUGACAGAGUACACACACAUGCUGCGCAUCACACGCAACUUUGUCCAGAGGCCGGCAGAGCGAGAGCCCCUUCAAGUCCAGUAUGAGGAGUUCCCGUUUCUAGAAAAGGACACGAUAAUGGACUACAGCAGCAUGCAGAGGCUAGGAGCCAAACUGGGUUUUAUUUCUGGGCUCAUUCAGAGAUCAAAGAUCGAGGCCUUUGAGCGUAUGCUUUGGAGAGUUUGUAAAGGUUACACUAUACUCAGCUAUGCCGAGGUCGAGGAGUAUCUGGAAGAUCCCAGCACAGGUGAGCCCACCAAAAGCGUGGUGUUCCUGAUCUCCUACUGGGGAGACCAAAUAGGCCAGAAAGUGAAGAAGAUCUGUGACUGCUACCACUGUCACUUGUACCCGUAUCCCAGUAGCAAUGAGGAGAGGAAUGAUGUCGUGGAAGGACUGAAAACUCGUAUUCAGGACCUGCAUACAGUACUUUAUAGGACUGAGGACUACCUGAAACAGGUCCUGAUUAAGGCUUCAGAAUCUGUCUACACCUGGGUCAUCCAGGUCAAGAAGAUGAAAGCCAUCUACUAUAUUCUGAACCUGUGUAGUUUUGACGUGACAAACAAGUGUCUGAUUGCCGAGGUGUGGUGUCCUGUCAACGAUAUUCCCACUCUGCGUAGAGCCCUGGAGGAAGGAUCGAGAAAGAGUGGAGCCACUGUUCCUUCCUUUGUCAAUCGUAUCCCCACUACUGACACUCCCCCCACCCUGAUAAGGACAAACAAAUUUACCUCUGGCUUCCAGAACAUUGUGGAUGCCUAUGGAGUGGGCACUUACAGAGAGGUCAACCCAGCUCCUUUCACAAUCAUCACUUUCCCAUUCCUGUUCGCUGUGAUGUUUGGGGACCUGGGUCAUGGAAUUAUCAUGGCUCUGUUUGCGUUCUGGAUGGUGCUCUAUGAGAACAACCGCAAAUUAAAAAACACAAGGAAUGAGAUCUGGAACACAUUUUUUGAGGGGCGUUACAUCAUCCUGAUGAUGGGCCUCUUCUCUGUCUAUACCGGCCUCAUAUAUAACGACUGUUUCUCCAAGUCUCUUAACAUCUUUGGCUCUCGAUGGAGUGUGAAGGCCAUGUUCAAUGCAAAGGUGUGGAAGGAUUCAGAUAUCCAUGGAAAUCGGGUUCUUACUCUUGAUCCAAACAUCACAGAUGUUUUCAGUGGACCGUACCCAUUGGGAAUAGACCCAAUUUGGAACUUGGCAACAAACCGGCUGACAUUUCUGAACUCCUAUAAGAUGAAGAUGUCAGUGAUACUGGGUAUCUUCCACAUGAGCUUCGGAGUCAUCCUAAGCACUUACAAUCACAUAUACUUUAGGAAGAAGUACAACCUGUACUUGGUGUUUCUCCCUGAGCUUCUGUUCCUCCUGUGUCUGUUCGGCUACCUGGUCUUCAUGAUCACAUACAAGUGGCUCGUCUUCUCUGCUAAAGAUGCCACACGAGCACCGAGCAUCCUCAUCCACUUCAUAAACAUGUUCCUCAUGCAGGGUGACGCUGUGCAACCCCUCUACCCAGGACAGACUGGCCUGCAGAUAUUUCUGGUGGUCAUAGCUCUCCUUACUGUGCCUGUCUUACUCUUGGGAAAACCAGUCUACCUUUACUGGCUUCACAACGGAAGCCAACGGCUGGGAAUGUACAGGGGAUAUGAGCGUGUGCGGCGCAACAGUGAAGAGGAGCUUUACCUGAUGAGGACUCAUGACAUGGAGGAGGGCAGCAGUCACAGUGAUCUCUCUGCCAGUGGAGAGCGCCACACAGAAGAGUUUGACUUUGGAGAUGAGUUCCUUCAUCAGGCCAUCCACACUAUAGAGUACUGCCUUGGUUGCAUCUCAAACACAGCCUCCUACCUGAGGCUCUGGGCUCUGAGUCUUGCACAUGCACAGCUCUCAGAGGUGCUGUGGACCAUGGUGAUGCGAGUAGGACUCCGAAUGGACAGCCUGGUUGGAGUGUUAUUCCUGGUACCUGUAUUUGGCCUGUUUGCAGUUCUCACUGUGUCCAUCCUCCUGGUGAUGGAGGGUCUGUCUGCAUUUCUUCACGCCCUCCGGCUGCACUGGGUGGAGUUCCAGAAUAAAUUCUACAGUGGCAAUGGAUUCAAGUUUUGCCCUUUCUCCUUCUCCCUGCUGCCCUCCUGCUUUGAACAGGAAGGCUUACUGUGAAGGGACUGUCUGCCUAUACUGUUAAUGGUAAAUGGAGCCAAUUCAGCAGGCAGCUUGCUAUGAUUUUUAAUACAUAUUAAAGACGUGUUCAAUUUUUCUUUUAAUCUUUUAACAUCUUUUCAUAUGAUAACUCACCUCACAAACUUUGGACUGAAGCAUACUGCCUUACUUAAAGAGACGUUUUUUAACAGAGAUUCCUUGAUAUGGGCACACAAAUAUACUCGCUUUGCUUCUUUUCAAAGAUUGUAGCAAUGUAGUGCUUUCCCAUCCUGCCAGCUCGCCCAUUGAAUUGACUUUAUCACAAGCUGUGAAACAACCCCCCCACACACACACACAAACACGCACACGCACACACACACACACACACACACACACACACACACACACACACACACACAUACACACACACACACACAUUUUGUCCUGGUAUCUUUUAAUACAGAGAGAGCUUAAAAGUAUAUCAGAGUAAUUGGGACUAAAACACGGAUAGUAUAGUGUAUUGUUGAAGAACUGCUGUAUUUGUUAUUGAAAAUUUAUGCAGAAAGAGUAUUUUGUACCAAAAUCAGUAUGCUAAAAUAGAGAAGUUUGUCUGACAUGCAAAUGUAAUGUGUAAUUCAACUAUACCAAUAGUUUUCUCAUGAGGCUUAGGUGAAAAUUUGAGAAAAAUAAACUUCCAAAGUUAGAAUACAUUUAAAAAAAUUAGAUAAUUUAAGUUAAAGAUAGUUUUAAAGUAAUAAGCAUAAUGAAUGGAUGGCACCAUUGUUUGUCUGCACAGACAACAGUUGUUAGGUUAAGUAACUUUUCAUAUUUAAUCUCAGUGUCUUUCAAUAUCUUUUCUGCUGUGUCUAGUUUUUUUCCCCCUAAGUUUGACAUAUUUGUGGAGGUUAAUGCAGUUAUUUUGAUGGCUUCACUUCAGCAGAUCUGUUUCUCAUACUCUGGGUAGCGAGCCACCUUUCAGUUACAAAGUUGUAGCUCAAGUUUUUGUUGCACUGACGGCCUUACAGAAGUACAACCAAAUGACAGCAUACUGUAUCGUUCUUUACUCUCUCUAUUCUAUUCUUUGUGCUACCAAAGCGCAACAAGGAAUGUUGAACUUUUCAGUACUUAAGAAGUACUCGGGCAGGUGUUUUAAGAUGAGAUGUAUAUACUUACUGUAUGGAGAAUUAUUUUUUAAUUUAUUAUGUUUUAAAAUGUUACAGCAGAAUUAAAUAUGAAUGUAAAUAGCAUAUGAUUUUACUUGUGUGCAUUCACAGUGUUGCCUAUGGGUCUGCCACUUACUGUAAUAAGACUUAACAUUCCUCUCUUGGAAAACUUCAAUCAUUUAUUUUGUUGACUCAGCUCUUCUGAUCCAGAUCCCACUCAUUAAACAUCUCACAUCAACUUCCACACAAGGGUCAGGCUGUAUUGAAUCUUAUAAGGUAGAAAUGAUGGGCAUUUGCAGUAUUUGUUAAUUUAGUAAAUUUGGUAGUAUUGUUUGGAAACUGUCCUUUUUUUUUUUCUAAGGAAAGGAGAUUUAGUUUGAGUUAUCACAAAACGAGAUGUCAGCACUUUUGCAGCAGUGAGAUACUGCCACAGUAUAAAAAUCUCAAUUUUGUGCCUGAGGUUCUAAAAAUGAACAGUAUGUUGUAAAAUAUUAAUAAUGCAUUUAGAAGCAGCUCAUUUAUUGAGUUGAGUAAUGGUUGAUCAGCGACUUUUGCCUUUCGCUAACACUAAAUGAUUACAUGAGUUGGUUAAAAUGGUUUCAGUUUUUUCUAAUGCAGCCCCAAUCUUGCUGUUCAUUUUAACAUGAACAAUCCCCUUUUUAUUUAAAAACACUCCAUGCUUUACUUAUUUUGGGCAAAUCACUGUCAUGUCAAUAAUAAAUUGAAUUCUUUGUUGAGU